AUGGUCUCGGUUGUGCUCCUCCUCCUAUCAGGCAUCUCCUUCAGCCUGCGCUACUGGUGCAUCCCUAUAUUGCGACGCUGCCCGCCGUCCCCGACGCAGGUGUCCCAGUUCAGCGUCAUCAUCGAGCAGGGCCUCGCCAUCAUGCUCCCCACGAGCCAGCUCCUCGCCGCCUCGCUGCUAUCCCUGACUCUCCUGACCGCGUACCACCCCAAUCCGGACGUUUCCGGGCUGUGGAGGUGGCAUGCCUUCUCCGUGCUGGUGCUCGUGGUCAUGGGCAGGUGGGAGAAGCGCGCGAUCUUCCCGGUCAACGAGCGGAUUCUUGCUUUCGACCAUGACGUUGGGAUUGGUGAGGGGGCCGGGAAGGGGAAGGGCGGUAGGGAAUAUACCUUGGAGCAAGCAGCGGAGCUGAAGGGAUUGUUGGAUGUCUGGGCUGCCAAGCACCCUUGGAGGAUUGUUGUGCCUCUGACUUGCGGUUUGAUCACUUUUGGGGUGACUAUCUCGCAAACCGUGUAA